AUGAGCAGCGUUAUAAACUAUGAUAAAUUUAAUAAGAUAGACAUAAGUUCAUCAGAUGAUGAGAAUAAGAAAAGGUUACAUCCACAGUUAAGAAAGUUAGAUAACAAGGACAAAGUUGUUAUAGGACCUGAUGGAUUAACAAUUUUAAAGAAUAAUAAAAAGGAUGAAAAUAUAAAACAUGAUAAAUAUAAUAACACUUCAAAAAAUGUAGAAGAAGUAAAAGAUAAGAACAAUGAAUAUAAGAACAUAUAUAAAGAAAGUAAUAGUGCUUUAAAUAAAAAUAAUAAUAUACAUUUUGAAAAUAUUAAUAAUAGUAUUCCUAAUGAUAAGUUAAAAAAUAAUAAUAAAAAUUUUAAAGAUAUGUUUAUAAAUGGGGCUGUAGUUCCUUUUGAGUAUAUCUGGAAUCAGUCUAUAGAUUAUAUUAAUGCUUUUAUAUGUUUACCAUUAAAUUGUAAAGCUAAAAAUUUAAUUGUAGAUAUAAAAGAAGAUAAAUUAAUUGUUAAAAGAAAGAAUUACCACAGUGAUAUUAAUAAUAAUAAUAAUAAUAAUAAUAAUAAUAAUGAUGAUGUAUAUAGUCAACAUAACACUCAAGUUAAUUCUUUUCAUAACAAUAUUGAAAUUUUAAUUAAUAAAGAAUUCCCUUUCAAAAUUAAUAAUGAUGAAGAUACACAAAUAUGGGAAAUAAAAAAUAUGCAAAUUAAUUGGUUCACACUUUUUAAUUUAUCUAAUGAAAUAAAUAAUCAGAAUGUAGAAUAUACAUUUGAAGAUUAUAAUAAGUUAGACAAACAAGAAACUUUUUUAUAUAUUUCUUUAAAAAAAAUUAAUGAAAUCGAAAAUGCAUAUAUAUGGUGGUCUACAUUAUUUAAAAAUGAACAUCCAAUAAAAAUUGAAAAUCUUCCUUCUAGAAGUUCAAUAAAUAAAGCAAAAAAAGGAAUGCAUUCUUUCAAAGCUGCUUGGGAUGAAGCACAUGAAAUUUUUAAGAAAAAUAUAUCAAAGAAACAACUACCAUUUGGCAUAGAUUCAUCAUAA